AUGACCACACAAUCGGGGGACGCCAGCAACAGUCCUACGAGAACAUCAUUGACGGAUCGUUCGAAGGACGUACCAGUUCCCCGGACGUUCUCUGAUGUACUCGAACAUCGAGCGUUUCUCAAAUUUCGCCUGGCUCAAGCAUACCGUAUCUUUGCGAAUUAUGGCUAUGACGCAGGUAUUGCUGGACACAUUACUGUCCGGGACCCGAUCAGGCCAGAUUGCUACUGGGUCAACCCAUGGGGUGUUCACUUCAAGCUCAUUCAGCCUGACCUCCUCCUUCUCGUAGAUCACGAAGGUAAAAUACAGGAUAAAGAAUCUGGACCCAUUCGGUUCCUCAACAGGUCGGCAUACUUGAUCCAUUCAGCGAUCCAUGAAGCUCGCCCAGAUGUCAUCUGUGCUGCACAUUCGCACACUACGUAUGGCAAGGCGUUCGGCACCCUUGGGGUGCUGCUUGAUCCCAUUACUCAAGACAGCUGUGCUUUUUACGAGGAUCAUGUAUUAUUCAACGAAUUUCAUGGCAUCGUCGAUGACCGUGAGGAAGGUGUGGCUAUAGCUGCUGCUCUGGGUUCAAAGAAGGCUGCUAUCCUCCAGAACCAUGGGCUACUUGUUGCCGCCGCCUCGAUCGAAUCUACCGUCCACUUUUUCAUAUCUUUGGAGAAAUGCUGCCAGGUUCAACUGAUAGCAGACCAGGCAGCCGCUGCUCGUGGACAGAGACCGCGAGUUAUUGACCCAGAAAGUGCGGCUCUAACACACAAAGGCGUUGGAUCUGAGCUAGGGGGCUGGUUCAAUGGGAUUCCCGAAUUUCAGCUCUUAGAGCUCGAAGAAGGAAAAAAAUUCGAGUAUAAGCCUGCAAAUAAGGAGAAACUGUAG